AUGAUAUAUAUGCUCGAAGCUUAGUGUGCUCUCUGUAGUCUAUGGUACCGUUGCCUACGAGAUUGGUACCCUCGUUUGGCGGUAAAUGUGUUUAAUUUGUGUUUAUUUUCGUGUUCAAUUUGCUAAACGGUUUUGUUGUGUUUGAGACUGUCAUAAUAUGUCAAAGUUCGGGUCCUUGGCAGACACCGUGGCUGCGUCCGCCCAGCAGACGGAGGAGGUCGUGGAUGAGUUUGGGCCACAGCUCAUCUCGAAGCUCGAGGCGCAGGGUGUGGCUGCGUCGGACAUCAAAAAGCUGUCGGAGGCAGGGUUCCACACCGUCGAGGCUGUGGCCUUCGCACCCAAGAAGCACUUGCUCACCAUUAAGGGCAUCAGCGAGGCGAAGGCUGACAAGAUACUCGCGGAGGCGUCGAAGCUGGUGCCGAUGGGCUUCACCACGGCCACCGAGUUCCACCAGAAGCGGUCAGAGAUCAUCCAGCUGACGACAGGGUCGCGGGAGCUGGACCGCCUGCUGGGAGGAGGAGUGGAGACGGGCUCCAUCACGGAGAUAUUCGGGGAGUUCCGUACGGGCAAGACGCAGAUCUGCCACACGCUGGCGGUCACGUGUCAGCUGCCCAUCGACCAGAGCGGGGGCGAGGGGAAGUGCCUGUACGUGGACACGGAGGGCACCUUCCGGCCGGAGCGGCUGCUGGCCGUGGCGGAGCGCUACAAGCUGUCGGGCAGCGACGUGCUGGACAACGUGGCCUACGCCCGCGCCUACAACACGGACCACCAGACGCAGCUGCUGAUCCAGGCGUCCGCCAUGAUGGCCGAGUCCAGGUAUGCCCUUCUGAUUGUGGAUAGUGCCACAUCGUUGUAUCGCACGGACUACUCCGGGCGCGGUGAGCUCGCCGCACGCCAAAUGCACCUCGCACGCUUCCUGCGCAUGCUGCUGCGUCUGGCUGACGAGUUUGGCGUGGCGGUGGUGAUCACCAACCAGGUGGUGGCACAGGUGGAUGGCGCGGCGCUAUUCACAGCCGAUCCCAAGAAGCCCAUUGGUGGCAACAUCAUUGCGCACGCAUCUACUACCAGGCUGUACCUGGAAGCGCAGUAGCGGCGCGUCGAGGCUCACUGUCCGUGUCGCAGGCUGUACCUGAGGAAGGGGCGCGGCGAGACGCGCAUUUGCAAGAUCUACGACUCUCCGUGCUUGCCCGAAACGGAGGCUACCUUCGCCAUCGGCGCGGACGGCAUCGGCGACGCGAAGGACUGAACUAGACACGCUCCAGCACGGCACCGGUGCCUGGCCGCCGAAGCACGGACUGCGAUAUCUCAACUAUGUGCGUAGUGUUUGUGUGUGUGUGUGAAGUCUGUUCAGUUAUACUGUUGGAAUGAGAAUUUAACUUUCUGGUACAAAUGCAUUAAAAAAGCAGAGGUUUUGUCUGAGUCUGUUGAUAAAAUGAGACCAUAAUUUUGAAAGAUGACUGCAGUGUAUGUUUGUUAAUACGUAACACUCAGGUUUAUAAAAUAUUUGUGAAAAUAUGUCAUAAAUUAAAAUGUUCGGGAUCUAAAAUUUUAAACUUCUGAAAUAUAUUUUCGCACUACUAUUAUCAAACCUA